AUGUCCCGCAUCGUUGCAGCUCUUUGCGCAGCCUUCGUCCUUAGCUCUGCAGAGAGCGCCCCAGCGGCAACAGAAGAGGUGGGGCGGGAUGUCAUGGCCAAGAUGCUCGAACCGGCAGCGGCAGCAGCAUCAGCAGCAGCAGAGGCGAACGUGGAUGCCACGCCGGAGAAGGACGUCUCAGCAUCAGCAUCAGCAUCUGCGCCCAUGGCCGAUCAAGUCGCCGCUGUCGUGAAGAACAUGGAUGCACAGAUGGCGCAAGCCCAGGCUCUGAUCGAUGCCUCCAUGGCUAAGCUCGAUACUAUUGCCGCGCAGAUUCCUACGAUUCCGGGGCAGAUAGCGGCAGCUCAGGCUGUGAACAACGCGGCACAGGUGAAGAGCCUCGAGCAGCAGGGGGGGCAGCUUGCAAAGUCCCUGUGUGUCGCAGCUUCGGAGUUCAAGCAGGGUGAAGAGUUGGCGAAGGUACUGACUACCGGCGUCGAGCACACGAUGACUCACUUGGCCUCCCACGUGCUCAAGGGUGCAGCGGAUCUUGCGCCGUAUAUGACCCAGCUCAAGGCCACGGCGAUGAGGGGCGAGGAGCUCGCUGCCAAGGCAAAGGCUGUCCACCCGAUCGCGGCCGCCUGCCUUCCGCCGAGCCAGCGAGCUAAUGCAGCUAAUGCGAAGGCCGACCCGGCCUCAGCUCCCAUCACCAAGCUCUUCGCCGCCAGGCAGACGCCAGGCCCUGCCACUGCGUUUCACCUGCCCUCGGCUCUGCUCGGCGCCUUCCUCGCCUUCGCCGGCAUGGCCGCCGCCUUCGCGGCUCUGGCUUUCCGCCGUGCCCUCCUCCGCCCCAAGGAUGACCGAUCCUUCGAACUGGUGGGCCGAGAUGUGGCCUAG